AUGUCGGUCCGUUCAGGUGAUGAACUAAAAGAAUUGUCCCUGAGUGGUCGCCCGGCAGUCAUCGUUGAUCGCGUCAACUAUCCAGAUGAUCGAGCACAAUGGGUACCAAAGCACCAAGGCCCGAACGUCUUCCCCAACUUCUUCUUGUUCAGCCGGUUGUUGCGCUGGGCCUACAGGCCACAUCUCAUCGCCAUAAAAGAUACCACCUUCGGGUACACAGCCGACUACACUCAACUCCUAACAGAUGUCCUCCAUCUCCGAAAUGUGUUGAGACAAACGCUGCCGCUUACGGUUAUUCAGAAGAUUGAUAGAGAUGAAGAGGUCUUCAUUAACCUCCUUGGCCCCGGUGGCUAUGAGUUUGUGGUGGGCUUUUUCGCUUUGAUGGCGCUAGGUGCCGUCAUUGUGCCCAUUUCUCCUGAUCUUCCCACCAAGGAAGCAACAUAUUAUGCUACCAAAUCAAGGUCUUCAGCCGUCCUUGUUGCACAGCGUAGCGUACAACUAGCACAGGACCUCGAAUCUGCGGUUCGCAAACAGCAGAAUGCUGGCUUCCGGGCCAUACAAAUCACUUCGCAUAUCAUGCAGAAGCCUUUGGAUCCAAGCCAAAUCCAGAUCUCCUCCGAUCCGUAUCUCGACCUGAACAAGUCAGGCUUGGUUAUUUUCACGUCGGGCACCAGCGGGCCUCCCAAAGGCGGGGUCAAGCGAAGAGGCUUCUUCUACGAUGUUGCGGCUUCCUUCAGUGACCAACAUGGGAUCCGGGAAGGGGAUAUGGUAUUACAUGUACUACCCGUGCAUCAUGCCACAGGAGUAACCGUCACAUUGAUUCCUUUCCUGUACUGCGGAGGCUGCAUCGAGUUCCGCAGCGGUGGUUUCAACGUCGAAUGGACUUGGGAACGGAUUCGGCAAGGGGGUUUGGCCUUCUUCUCGGGAGUACCGACCAUCUACAUGCGCUUGAUGGCAUACUACGAACAGCGACUGACAAAGCUGUCACCACGAGAGCUGGGGGAGUACGUCAAAGGUGUCAACGAAAUCAGAGCUCUGCUGUGUGGCACUUCGGCACUACCACGACCCCUGCAGCAGAAGUGGACAAAGCUAAGAGGAGGUCGAUCGAUCUUAACACGCUAUGGGGGUACCGAAUUCGGAAAUGCUUUUACCGUAACACCGCGGUCAGAAGACGUACCGGAUGGCUCUGUUGGGGAGAAGGCGCCAGGGAUCGACCUUAAACUAUCCAAUGGUGACGAAGGAGAAGUGCUCAUGCGAAGCCCGAUCCUAUUCUCCAAGUACUUGUUUGACAGGGAAGCGACAAGAAACGCACUCGAUGCUGAAGGAUAUUUCAAGACCGGCGAUAUUGCCCGUCGGGAAGGGAAAUACUACUUUAUCCUGGGCCGAGCCUCCAUUGACAUAAUAAAGAGCGGUGGCUACAAGAUAUCCGCCCUAGACAUCGAGCGAGAAAUUCUAGGUCUUGGCUACGUUGCCGAAGCAAUGGUGGUGGGCGUUGAGGAUGAGGAGUUUGGUCAAAGGGUUGCGGCCGCCCUGGUCCUUCAACCAGAUGCACCACGCAACUUGACCUUGGACAAGCUGAGGUACGACCUGAGAGAAACGUUGGCAGGGUACAAGAUGCCAACAAUGCUUCGCGUCGUGGACGAGCUCAAGAAGAACGCCACUGGGAAGGUUAUUAAGAAAGUGCUUGUCCGGGAACUGUUUCCCCGAGAGGGGCAUGCCGACGUGCAGCGCUGGGAGUCCAAAAAGCGUGACAGUAGGCUUUAG